AUGAAGACGGCUCUAGUGGAAUUGGACGACUUCUCUUCUGGCACAUCAUCUCGGAGCACAAAGCUAAUACACGGAGGUGUCAGAUAUUUGCAAGCAGCUAUAAUGAAAGCUGAUAGAGAACAAUAUCGCAUGGUCAAGGAGGCACUAUUCGAACGUGCAAAUCUUCUGCAGAUAGCACCGCAUUUGAGUGAACCAAUGCCAAUAUUGCUACCAGUAUACAAGUAA